AUGAUGGUGGGGUGUGGACAGAUGUACUACUAUGGCGACGACCACGGCGGCGGUUCUGGCUCCGUGUACGUGUUCGACGGCACGAGUCUCGCGACGUCAAGCAUUACUACCACCACCAAGACAGCCACCGAGACAACAACUGAGACGACCACCGCGACGACCACCACCAAGACAACCACCGAGACAACAACUGGGACGACCACCGCGACGACCACCAAGACGGCCACGACGACCAUUGAUACGGGCACGAGUUCGGCCACGUCAAACACCACAGCCACCACCGAGCCAUGGGGAUUAAUUGCAGUCUUCGCUGGUGUCUUGAUCUUCUUCUUGUUGAUCUUGUUUUUGGUCUGCGGCGUCGCGCUGGGCUGCCUGGUGGGGCUCGAGUGUCCUGGCCGUGGCAGGGGCCCAACACCCCAGCGCGGCAUUCACAACGCGGAGGUUGAGGUCAACUAG